AGCUCCCAAGUUUAAUUAUCACGAAAAUUCUGGGUAAACGAUUAAGUCUUUUACCAACCGGCUAAUAUCCAUUGUGAUUUUUACAAUAGGUGUAUACUGCGCCGUGUUGGGAGUUAACGACACUGCUAAAAAUACUCGCUACGCACGACGCUGCUUUAUUUUUGACGACCAAAGCGAAAUAUCGAUCGUAAAUGACAAACCUAUAGAGCUAGUGGUUGAUGGAGAAAAGCUCAAUCUGCUGGAAUCGGAGGUGUGGACUACUGGUGAUAAAAAUAUAAGCGUAUCAUGGCAGGGUCAUUUUGUGAACCAGCUACAUAUGGACGAAAAAUUAUUACUCGCCAUUGAACCAGAUAAUAGCGUCAUUAAUGAAGAUUAUGAUUCUGAGGCUGCUCCAGCUGGUCGCCCCCUAUCGGCCAUUGAUAAUCGCAAUGGAAUUGUUAAGUUUGAAGUUGGAGUCGGUAAAGAUAGUGUAGGCGGAGCAACAUUUCCCUCGUUUCAGCCCAAUUGGAUAGCUUUACAGAGUGAUCUGGGCGAAAUGUUCGUUGAUCAAUUAGAUAAUGCAGAGGACGCCGAAACUUAUGGAUUUUGGGUUCGGGCGACUGAUGUAGUUGGAAACACAAAGACAGAUUUUGUAUCAAUCCACAUUGAUUUUACGCCACCCCAAAUUGAUGAAUUUGCAGUGAGGAAUGGCAUUGCACGCGUGACUGCGUACGAUCGACAAAGUGGAAUCAUGAGUGUUCGUUGGCAGAUGAUUUCCAAAAAAGAUGAAACCAUUUUAUCAGAAGGCUACGAAACUGAUUUAAUAGUCACUGGCGACUGUGUUCCUACCGAUUGUUAUUGUAUACUCGUCAAUAAGUUUUGUUACAAGUUGCAAUUAGACAUAACCCCUACACUUGAUCAAAGUGAUCAAGAAUUGGGUACUACUGCAACUUUAAGGGUGACAUUAAAAAACAAUGCUUUACUAAACAUCUCACAGGAUAUAGAGGUUGCUGUAGCCUCUUUCAGUGGUACCAACGAUGCUCUGGAAACAAAAACAGAAGACAACGGUUUGGGGACUGGAGUAUUAAUCGGCAUUAUAGCAGCGGUUGUAGUGUUUGUGGUUCUAUGGUUGAUAAUUGUCGCACUGGUAAUGCAAAGGCGAAAUAGGCGUGAUCCUGAAACGUUUGGAGAUGACAUUGGACAUCAAAACCCAUGCUACACCAAUGAGGUAACUGUUAAUACUUACACAGCUCCACAUCACCCUCCGCCUGCAUAUACACCAACGUCUAGGCCACUACCGAUGACCGAGAAACCAAAGAAGAAAGAGAUAAUGGAAGACGAGUAUGCUUCUCCAUUUGCACUAACUGUUUCACCAGGAAAUAUUACAGUGAGUGAGAUUCAUCCGCGUGAUAUACACAACGAGGGUGUAAUUGUUGAAGGAAACCAUUCCCAGGUGUAUCUAGGUAGUGUUCCUAGCCUUGGUCUGACAAACGUCGCAGUCAAGACUCUAAAAGAUGACAGUAAAGUAGGAGAAAAGGAAACAUUGUUGCACGAGAUUAAGAUGAUCAGAAUGUUGCCAAACCAUGAGAACAUUGUCCGUUUACUCGGCUUCACAGGAAUCAGGGAUCCAGUUGCCAUGGUAAUGGAGUUUGCACCGAAUGCAGAUCUGUCGAAAUAUCUACAACAAUCCCGCGAUUCGCUGUACGACAAUCGUAUUGACCAACUAUCGUCUGCUCAGUUGUGUAUAUAUGCACAGCAGGUGUGUUCCGGAAUGCAACAUAUCCAGCGGCACAAGAUUAUUCACAGGAACCUAGGAGCGAGAAAUAUUUUGGUUGGUGACAACAAGGUUUGCAAGAUUACGGACUUUGGAAGAGCAGUUGUAGCAGACAUCGAUGGUACAUUUGUGGAGACACAAGAGAUUCAACUACCCGUGCGCUGGACAGCAGUGGAAGGACUACGUGACCGAUUAUUUUCCAUGAAUUCCGACGUUUGGUCUUUCGGAGUGCUGAUGUGGGAGAUUGUAACUCUAGGAUCAAAACCAUAUGGAAAUAUGCCUAUUAAGAAAAUCGCUGAAGAUGUUAUCGGUGGGAUGCGGCUAACAAAACCUCUACACUGCUCCGACGCACUAUUCACGGUUAUGGAGACCUGCUGGCGAGCUACACCUGACCGACGACCAUCGUUUAACAGUUUGUACAGGGACAUUAACGGUGUUAUUCGCAGUAAUCAACAAACCAUCGACGUGUCCGCAUUUGAUGGAGACGAGUAUAUGGGCCUAGAUGAUGUGCGAAGAUAAAUACAAAAACAUAAUAGAAAAUAUAAGAAAUAUAAAGGGUCCAGGCGAUCUUAAUUUGAUGUAUUAAAUAAAUUUUUGUUUUAAUGAUUAGACCUAUGUUUUACAAUCUUUAAUGACAAUUGUGAUAAUCCUUUAUAUAUUUUGAAUAGAAUUUUCUAUUUUCUGAAGGUACUUGGAUAAACCCAGCAAAUUAUGAAUACUGUACUUAUUUAAAUAUUUUUUGUAAGGCGGUUUUAACCGUCCACAUUGAUCAUUUUUCGCGCUGGAAUCGUAUUCGAACUUGAACUUGGGACAAAGCAAAUAUCCUAAAAACUAGUUAAAACCUCUGCACAUUUUCUAAUAUUUGUAAACUGGUAAUGAAAAUUAUGUUAACGUAAUUAACAUUGAAGUCAAGAGCAACCGGUCAUCGGUCCGCACGUUAACCGAGGUUAUUUCUAUUCAUCGUUUAACGCUUCGUGUAUGCAUCUUUAGACUAUGCUUUUUGUUGACGCUAUUAAAAUAUGCUUAAAUCAUACAGCAAAUAUUCCCUAUGCUUAAAUACAGUAGGUUAGGUUAUCAUAUUGGGUUUUCGGCAAGGGUUCAUAACAGAAAUAAAUAAUAAAAUAAAUAAAAAUAAAAUGUUCUAAAUUGAAAUGAAAAAAAUUAAAAGUGAAUAAUAAGACGCAAUUCGAACUCACGACAUUUUGCUGCAUUAAAACACGCUUACCGACCGCGCCAUCCAUGCGAAGUGUUCUAUUAAUGGUAAUGGCCGUAAUGUACAGUCUUUUUGAAACUCUUGUUUUGUUUGUAGGUGUAUGGGCAUCCUGGGGUUCACCUAAAAUCACCUCUAGUUUAUGUGAAAAAAAAAAUCCUGCACGUCGCGACGCUGGACGCUUUUAAAUCUCUGGUAACAAGAACAACAAAAACAGCAAUGAUGUUCUGGGGUUCUCCUUGCGCAGACCCAAUAAAACCACUUGAAAUAUGCCUAUAUAGAUCAGCUUUAAAAAAAAUUAUAACGAUAUAUAUAUAUAUAUAUAUAUAUAUAUACACUAUAUAUAAAUAUAUAUAUAUAUCACUAGUAUUUGGGGACGUACUGAGUAUUCGGUACGAUAGCACGUCAGGUAGGGCACAACAUCACUCCAUGAUAUUUUCGUGACGCAAAUUUAUAUCUUUAUAGAAAUAUAAACUCUUAGUAUUCUUCCAUUGCGCAUUAUUUAAAAAAGUUAUAUUGUUUGGUUUAAGCAGCGAACUUUUUGUUUCCUAAUAAUACACAAAUCUAGAGGCUAAAAAUGUACUGUAAAUGAAUAAAGAAUUUAAUGCUAA